AGCGGCGCAGCCUGUCACCUGACCCGCUGCGAGCCGCGGUGGCAUCGGGCUGCAUUCCUUGAAUUCUUCCACUCCGGCCGCACCGCAAUGAGCAACUUGAGGUUCACCGAGCUGGGCGCAUUCCGCUUGAUUACUCGCUUCCUCCCUCGCUGCGCCCUCCAGUCCGCCCCGGAUCUCCCUCCCAGUCUGUGCGGCUGAGUAGCAGCAAGUGCACCCGCAAGGAGAAGCACGCAGAAGUGCCACAGAAGGCCUCAAAGUCUGGAGGAAAAUGACCUUUCAUGGAAUAUGAAAAGUACCUUCUGUUGCAAGUUUUUCUCUUACCAACCUCUACAAGCUGAACAUAUGGCCUUGAGUCUACAGAAAAUCAACUAAUCAAACUCCUCGACAUGCAUCAACUGUUCAGACUGGUUUUGGGACAAAAAGAUCUUUCACGAGCUGGGGACCUCUUCUCCUUAGAUGACUCUGAAAUUGAAGACAGCCUAACAGAAGCUUUGGAGCAGAUUAAAAUAAUUAGCUCAUCGUCAGAUUACCAAACCAAUAACAACGACCAGGCUGUGGUUGAGAUCUGUAUCACAAGAAUUACAACAGCCAUCAGAGAGACAGAAUCCAUUGAAAAGCAUGCCAAGGCCCUUGUGGGGCUCUGGGACUCCUGCUUGGAACGCAACCUAAGACCCUCUGGCAAGGAUGAAGAUACUCCUCAUGCAAAAAUUGCAUCUGAUAUCAUGAGUUGCAUUUUACAGAAUUAUAACCGGCCCCCUGUGAUGGUAUUAGCCAUCCCCAUUGCAGUGAAAUUUCUCCACAGAGGCAACAAGGAGCUGUGCAGGAACAUGUCUAACUACCUGUCCCUGGCUGCGAUUACCAAGGCGGAUCUCCUUGCUGACCACACAGAAGUUAUAGUAAAGAGCAUACUGCAAGGAAAUGCCAUGUUGCUAAGGGUAUUACCUUCAGUGUAUGAAAAGCAGCCUCAGCCGAUUAACAGACACCUGACAGAUCUCUUGGCCUUGAUGUCUCACCUGGAGCAACCAGAACAGUACCAUUUACUAAGGCUUUUGCAUGUAGCAGCAAAAAAGAAACAACUGGAGGUGGUUCCGAAAUGUAUUCCUUUUCUAAUCAGGAGUUUGAAGGAUUCAACCCAUAAUGACAUCAUCUUGAACAUCCUCAUAGAGAUAGCUGGCUAUGACCCAGCAGCUCUGAGCAGUUUCCUCCCAACACUAAAAGAGAUUGGUGAGAGAUUUCCCUGUCUCAUUGGACAGAUGGUGAGGAUCUAUGGAGCUGUUGGUCACGUGGAUGAAGAGAGAGCCAGGAGCAGCCUAGUGUACCUGGUGAGCCAGCUGGCCAACAUGGAGCAUUCGUUUCACCACAUUCUCCUGCUAGAGAUCAAGAGCAUUACUGAUGCCUUCUCCUCCAUCCUGGGUCCUCAGAACAGGGACAUCUUUCGCAUGAGCAACAGCUUCACCACCAUUGCCAAGCUACUGUCCAGACAACUGGAAAAUACCAAAACUGUUAGUGACAGGAGAAAAAGUAGCACUGAUAUUGGACUCCCUGAGAAACUAGAAGUCAACCUCGGAGUAGCUAAAGCUGAAGAACAUGGAAAGCUCCAAGUUAAAAUCCAGGCUUUUGAAGACAAAAUAAAUGCUGAGAGCAAUAGCCCUGGAUCUCUCAGAAGAUAUAGCUUGGGCCACAUUUCUAAGGAAGAAAGAAAAAACAUCCGAUUUAACAGGUCUAAAAGCGUGGCUUUGCACACUGUGCUCAUGAAGGGCCUGAGUUCAGAUGAUAGGGAAGAUGAGGAUGGCACAGGAAGAGCAGUCAGCAUCUCUCUUUCAGAAAUAGACCCACUCAGCCCUGGAAGGGGCAAGCUGCUCCUUAAAACAGACACCCACGGGGCACAGCUGAGAAACUCUUCAACUUCACACCCAAGUAUUGCACAUAUAGAAUCAGGAAAUGUUGAAGAAACUAUUAAAGAAAACUUCCAGGGACAAACUCCAGAGAAAAUCACAAAUCCUACAGAAUACCAAGAUAAGCUCUACUUGUAUCUGAAGGAGAAUCUCGGUAAAGUGAAAGCAUAUGCCUCAGAAAUCAUGAAGAAGAUCCCGAUUCCUGAUCAAUGUACCAUUGAAGACAAUUGCAAAACCAGAAUAGCGGGCAAAUAUUUUUCCUGUUCUGUAGAAGGGCAUUUUCUGAUGCUCAGUGAGAGCACACAUACCUGCAUCUCUACCAGCCCCGCCCCCUGGCCAAAACAUAAUGUCGUGUCUCUCUUUUUUCUGCCCCUUCAGAACCUGUUUCCUGAACCCCUGUCUAUACAGAGUCACUCCGUGCAGUUCCUGAGGGCCCUGUGGGAGAAGACUCAAGCAGCGGAGACCCACAGUUUUGAAACUGCCAUGACGCAGUCCACAUUUCCACAGCAGAAGGCUCUGGACCAGGUACAGCUUCAUCUAGAAGAAGUGAGGUUCUUCGAUGUGUUUGGCUUCAGCGAAACAGCAGGAGCAUGGCAGUGCUUCAUGUGCAACAACCCCGAAAAAGCAACUGUUGUCAAUCAAGACGGCCAGCCUCUCAUAGAAGGAAAACUUAAAGAGAAGCAAGUCAGAUGGAAGUUCAUAAAAAGGUGGAAAACUCGUUAUUUUACACUGGCUGGAAAUCAACUUCUGUUUCAAAAAGGAAAAUCUAAAGAUGAUCCUGAUGAGUCUCCGAUAGAGCUCAGCAAAGUGCAGAGUGUGAAAGCAGUGGCCAAGAAACGCAGGGACCGCUCUCUCCCUCGGGCCUUUGAAAUCUUCACAGACAAUAAAACCUAUGUUUUCAAGGCCAAAGAUGAGAAGAACGCAGAAGAAUGGCUGCAGUGCAUCAAUGUGGCAGUUGCUCAGGCGAGAGAGAGGGAAAGUAGAGAAGUGACCACAUAUCUAUAGGGAUUUGCAUUCUGGCUUCACGUGAUUAUGUGUGGCAGACACUGCCAAUGUUAAAAA